AUGCCUGGAGAUAGCGAAUCGAGCGGGACUUCACAGUCAAGCAAUACAUCAUACGUGAGUACUGUUAAUUCUAUGCCUUUACCAGAAAUCAGUGGGAUUACAAUAAAAGCACCGACAUUCGUUAAGAAAGAACCGGAUUUAUUUUUUAUACAAAUGGAAGCACAAUUCAUUAACGGUAGCAUUACUCGCGACAAUUCGAAGUAUAAUCAUGUAAUAUCUGUUCUCGAACCUGAGUAUUUAUCAAUGGUUUCUGACUUGAUUCUGAAUACACUCAAUCUGAUCAAAGUUUUACUCACUGAAAUCGAACUUGGUGAUGACAAACCGUCACAUUUGCUACGCAAAAUGCGUGAUUUAGCCAAAAAUGCUCUCACCGAUGAGGCAAUCAAGUCCCUUUGGAUUGAACGUUUACCGGAAAACGUUCGUGCCGUCGUGGCAAUUUCAAACGACGACCUCAAGACCUGUGCUACCUUAGCAGAUAAAGUUGUCGAAUUGACUGCCCCAAAACUAAUUUCGGAGAUCAAAUCGGAUAACACACUCCUUCAAUUGAACGCUCGUAUCGAUGAAUUAGCCAAAUCUUUUCGCGAAUUUAGAGCGAGCAGAAACAAUAGUCCAAAUAAAUCCCAGAAGUCACACAAUUCGAGUCGUUCACGUUCCAAAUCUCGUAAUAAAAGACCGUAUUGUCGAUUUCAUUAUCGUUUUGGGGCCAUGGCACGCAAGUGUGAACAGCCAUGCGCAUUCAAAAAGCCCGACGAUAAAAGUGAUGAACAUUCAAAAAACUAA